AAAAGUUCACCGAAAUGAAUACAACAGGAGUCCACACGGAAUCACUUAAUCCACAGCCAGGUUUUACUCACAUCCAGUCUCUCUGUGUCCUGUCGCUAUUUUAUCGCCAGUAUUUCUCCUAUGCCAUUCCUGCAAGUCCUGCACUUAUCCUAAUUGAUCACGCAGCACGUCUCACUCACGUGCGGCACUGAUUUGCAGUUUGAACACGUGGCUCACUAAAAAAAAAAAACGGAAUAAACGAGGGCUUUUUGGUUCCAUUGUCCUUCCAGCGAUUGUAUCUGGAGGCGGUGCCUACAUUCAUGUGUGACUUUUUCGGUCUAAGAGACACAGAAACAGUGACUUUAUUUUUAUUAAAGUCUGAAAGGAGAGGGAGGGGAUGCAAUAAGAGUUUAGAGGCAGUCAGCGCGCAGUUCUCGUCUGUCAGAAUUAUCUUCUAUCUAUCCAGGCAGUGAGUGAGUGAGGAGAACACAGUAAGUGAGAACGCAGUGAGUGAAAACACACCCGCUCCGGCUGAGAGACAGUGAGUCUCUCUCUCUCUCUCUCUCUCUCUCUCUUCACUGCCCGAUUAAAAGGGUCUCCUUUUUUUGGCAAACGCGGUCGGCUUUCUUUCUGUUCUUUUUCCAAACGUGCAACAUGAACAAGCUGUACAUCGGGAACGUAAGCGAGCAGACGAGCGCGCUGGAUCUGGAAACUAUCUUUGAGCAGUGGAAGAUACCGUUCAGUGCGCCCUUUUUACUCAAAACUGGUUACGCGUUUGUAGAUUGUCCCGACGAGAAGAUCGCGAUGAAGGCCAUCGAUACACUUUCAGGAAAAGUAGAACUUCAUGGAAAACUUCUAGAGGUCGAGCAUUCAGUCCCCAAGCGUCAAAGAAGCUGUAAACUGCAGAUAAGGAAUAUCCCACCACACAUGCAAUGGGAGGUAUUGGAUGGAUUAUUAGCUCAGUACGGCACAGUGGAGAGUUGUGAACAAGUCAACACGGACACUGAGACGGCCGUAGUGAACGUGCGUUAUGAAGUUAAGGAGCAGGCCAGACAAGCAGUUGAGAAACUGAAUGGUUUCAUGAUGGAAAACUAUGCACUGAAGGUGUGCUACAUACCAGAUGAGAGUACUCUGCAACCCCCAGCAAUGGGAAACAGAAGAGGAGGAGCACCACGUGGCCUACGCCAGGCCUCUCCCUCUCUGGGUACUCGCCCUAAGCUGCAGUCUGACAUUCCACUGCGCAUGCUUGUGCCCACACAGUUUGUGGGUGCCAUCAUUGGCAAAGAGGGUGCUACCAUUCGCAAUAUUACCAAACAGACACACUCAAAAAUUGACAUCCACCGUAAAGAAAAUGCAGGAGCAGCAGAAAAACCCAUAACAGUCCAUUCGACUCCAGAGGGCUGUAGCUCUGCCUGCAGGAGCAUCAUGGAGAUCAUGCAGAAGGAGGCGCUAGACACAAAAAUCACUGAAGAGAUUCCGCUGAAGGUUUUGGCUCAUAAUAACUUUGUGGGACGCCUAAUUGGAAAAGAGGGCCGUAAUUUGAAAAAAAUUGAACAAGACACUGGAACCAAAAUCACCAUCUCACCUCUACAGGACCUGACACUGUAUAACCCAGAGCGAACAAUCACAGUGAAGGGCUCAAUAGAGGCAUGUGCCAGAGCCGAAGAGGAGGUCAUGAAGAAAAUCAGAGAGGCCUAUGAGAAUGAUGUGGCUGCCAUGAAUCUUCAAUCUAAUUUGAUUCCUGGUUUGAAUUUGAAUGCUCUGGGUCUAUUUCCUGGUGGGACAUCAGGCACAAUGUCGCCCUCUAUGGUGCCAGGACCCAUUUCGGGACCAGCAACUGGAUACCCUUCUUUUGGGCAGCCUGAGUCUGAGAUGGUGCAUCUCUUUAUACCAGCACUGGCUGUUGGAGCCAUCAUUGGGAAGCAGGGCCAGCAUAUAAAACAACUCAGCCGUUUUGCUGGUGCAUCAAUAAAAAUUGCCCCAGCUGAUGGAAUGGAUGCCAAGCAGAGGAUGGUCAUUAUUUCUGGACCACCAGAGGCCCAAUUCAAGGCUCAGGGACGUAUCUUUGGGAAGCUGAAGGAAGAGAACUUUUUUGGGCCAAAGGAAGAGGUCAAACUAGAAGCUCACAUUAAAGUGCCAUCAUUUGCUGCUGGCAGGGUCAUUGGUAAAGGGGGCAAAACGGUGAAUGAGCUACAGAACCUAACUAGUGCAGAGGUUGUUGUCCCCCGAGAUCAGAUACCGGAUGAAAAUGACCAAGUGGUAGUGAAGAUUUCUGGCCACUUUUAUGCAAGUCAGCUGGCUCAGCGGAAGAUUCAGGAGAUCCUCUCACAGGUGAGGCGACAGCAACCAAAAGCCUUACCUACUGGGGCUUCCGGACCACGGAGGAAAUAAUUCACCCAGUGCAUGGUGAUGAUGAUUGCCGGAUAUCAGAUGUGCCUAUCUCUGGAGUUUACCCCACCUACCUUUUUUUUUUUUUUUUUUUUUUUUUUUUUUAACCCCACCCAUCUCCUGUCGUUUCUAUGAGAAUAUAUUUUGUUCUAAACAGGGGAAAACACAUUUCUGAAAAAUAGUCACCCCUUCACUGCCAUAGUGUGGUAACUGCACAAUAUCUAUAUUUUCCAUGGUUUUUUUUUUCUUGUUUUUUUUGUUCCUCCUUUUACCUCUCCUUUUUUUUUUUUUUUUUUUAUUGGCUGAGCCUUACUUUCCUGAGUAGAGGUGGGUUCCUAAAAGCUGGGUAUGGGAUGAGAUGUGGCAUGGUCAGAGAUUUUGUCCCAGUAUUGUUGAUGGCAUUUUAUAAAUUCAGAUGCAUUUUAUAAAGAUGAGAAUUAUUGUAGAUACAAGAUGAAAUAUAGAAUGUGGCAGAGCAACACUGUCACUAAUUAUUACAGGAAGUGUUAAAUGGUGUUAGCCAAGAAAACUAAGUUAAUAUGCAUUUUUACUGAUCUACCUCAGGCUAGAGUACCUCAGAAAAAAAAAAGAAAUGUAUAUGAAUUUUUUUUUAGUAUUUUGCUUUGUGGUAUUUUGUAUACUUUAUAAAACCUUAUAGUUCUUGAACAUUUUUAUUUUUUUAAGAAAAGGUAAGUCUGCUGUAACACAAGACCCUUAAGCUCCACUUUUGUUUUAAUGCAGACAGCUAAUAAGUGUACAGAAGGAUGUCUGCACAAGUGAGGUUUGCGGGCUUGAGGUUCACAGAUAGGAAUAUUGUAAAACACUUCAGUGUUGCAGAAGAGCCACCGUUUUCUGGAAACAUCAAAAAAGACGAACACCAAAAAAACAUACCAACAAUACAUACCGCAGCAAUGCCAUUUAGUUUAGCAAUUAUUGUAAUGCCCUUUUGCCAUGUACAUUUUCUCCAGACAUAUAAACUGUUCAGGGAUUUGCUUCAGCAAUCAGGGAUCAUGUUAAAUCCUGCUGUCCUGCGCCUUCAUCAGAUUAUCACAGACCAGAUAAAAAAAAUAAUAAUUCCCCAUGCCAAGCCUUUUAGUUUUGAUAUUUCUUUGAUGGCUUUCAUCACAUUUCACUUCAUUACACUUUUCCACACUGCAAACAUCUGUAUCGAGUGUCAGUCUCUGCAUAUUAAAGAUUGGGGAAGUUGCACUUUUUCAAAUGCUUUUGAUGUUACAAUUCUAGUGGGUGCAACUUUAUAGGCAGCAGUAAUGAAGAAAUAGAACUUUUUUUUCCCAGUUUAAAAAUGCAAGAAAAAAUAACAAACUUUUUGAAAGAAAUAUGGAGGAAAAUUUGAGUUUCUUUAUUUCAUGCAAAUGUAAAUAUGAUUGUGGUAAUAGAGCAUUAUUCAUGUUUUCACGCUAGUAAUAUUGUCUACCUCAGUGGAGUCAAGAGUGGGUGGUGUUGAAGCUUGUGCCUCUCACUACAUAAAGAACUCUGUAGCGGUACAUGGAAUCCCCCCUCAUGGGGCAUUUGUGUUCUGCUUUGGUUUGGUGUGUUGUGCCUUGUGCUCAUAGGGGAGGCACAUGUGGUGUUUAUUGGUUUUGUGGUUUUUGUUUUCUUCCCCCCACCCCCACUCCUCAUUGUUCAUCUACCUCUUGGACACAUUUGAAUUAGAGGCAUAUUACAGUUUUAUUAGAAUUUACAGUCGAUUCUAAGUUUCCUUUCCUUACCUGGGGAAAAUGCUGUUUAUUUAAAAACAAAAAAUUAUAUAUAAAUAACGAAUUGACAUAAGUAACCCUCCCCACCUUAUUUUGCCAGCAUUGUGAUCUGAUUACUGAUUGAAAUCCUCAUUGUGUUGCUUUUUCUGUUUCUUGGUUUUGAUGGGCUUUAUUUCAUGUAUAGAUAUAGCAACCCAUUGUUUAUUCUGAAUUGGAUCAUAACCCAGAAGUUUGAUUUAUUUCUUUUUUUUUUUUUAAAUUGACUUGCUCUCUUAUUUAUGAAUUACAUGAAUGAAUUAUUUUCCUCAAUACUUAUGAGGCUACCAUUUAUUCUUAUAUACGAUUUCUUGGCUGUGUUGUGUGGUGUCAUGUUUCAGUGGGAAUGUGAUGUGGAGUUUACAGAAAGUGGUCCAAAUUCAGCAUGAGUCACAACCCCUCUGACUGUGCUUGUCCCUUCACACACUUCCAUUUUUCAAUUGCCUCUAAAAAUAUAUAUAAAUAAAUAAAAUGUCAUGUUCAUAAAAAAA